AAUUUUUUUAUAUAUAUAAACAAGAAUGAAACCAUCGAUUUUCAUCUUAACCGUUUUAAUACUUCUCCUUCUCCUAUUACCAACGGCGAUCCCUCACGACUACUCCGAUGCUCUGAGGAAGUCAGUCCUCUUCUUCGAAGGUCAACGCUCCGGUCGUCUUCCCAAACAACAAAGGAUGACGUGGCGUGGUAACUCUGCACUCAACGACGGAAAAAACCUAAAAACCGACCUCGUUGGUGGUUACUACGACGCCGGAGACAACGUUAAGUUUCAUUAUCCGAUGGCUUUCACGGCCACGAUGCUUGCUUGGAGCGCUAUCGACUUCGGUGGUUACAUGUCUCAGAAAGAUUUAAGACAAAAUCUCGUAGCUCUCAAGUGGGCCACCAAUUAUCUCCUUAAGACCGUCUCACAACUCCCUAAUCGCAUUUUUGUCCAAGUAGGUGAAGCACAAGCCGACCAUGAUUGUUGGGAAAGGCCGGAAGAUAUGGACACGCCACGAACCGCUUUCGCCUUAGACGCACCAAAUCCAGCCUCCGAUUUAGCGGGUGAAAUCGCUGCAGCUUUGGCAGCUGCUUCAAUCGCAUUCAAACAGUCAAAUCCUAAAUAUUCUAAAAUAUUGCUCGACAAAGCCGUAAAAACGUUUCAGUACGCAGAUUUACAUCGAGGUUCUUAUACCAAUAACCCCAAAGUGAACCAAGCCGUUUGCCCUUUCUACUGCAGUAUUAAUGGAUAUAAGGAUGAGUUGCUGUGGGGAGCUGCGUGGCUGAGAAGAGCGACCGGUAAAGAUUUUUACCUAAAGUACUUGGUGGAAAAUCGUCAAGCUUUCGGUGCAGAUUUCAAUUUCUACGAGUUUGGAUGGGAUAACAAAGUUGGGGGUGUCAAUGUUCUCGUUGCCAAGGAAAUAUUUCAGAAGAAUGUGACUGCGUUGACCGCAUAUAAAGAAACCGCAGAGAAAAUGAUAUGUGCAUUUUUUCCGCAAACCGCCGGUCCACACAUGACCUACACACCCGCCGGUCUGCUUUACAAACCCGGAAGCAGCCAGCUCCAGAACACCGCCGCACUAUCCUUCCUCCUCCUUACCUACGCCGAUUACCUCUCUAAAUCCUCUCAACGUCUCAAUUGCGGUAACCUCAAGUUUCAACCAGACUCUCUUCGCCGCAUAGCCAAACGACAGGUGGACUACGUUUUGGGAGAUAAUCCAAUGAAGUUGUCAUACAUGAUAGGGUACGGUGACAAGUACCCGAGACAGAUCCACCACCGUGGCGCAUCAAUACCAUCGGUUAAGGCUCAUCCAAAAGCAUUCGGGUGCGUACAAGGAUGGAAUAUUUUUGCAUCACCCAAUCCAGACCCCAACAUUCUGGUAGGAGCUGUGAUUGGCGGGCCUGACGUAGACGAUAAAUUCAUUGGAAAGCGGACAAAUGCUAGCCACACGGAGCCCACGACCUACAUUAAUGCACCUUUUGUUGGUCUCUUUGCCUACUUCAAAAGCAAUCCCAACUUCUCCUGA